AUAUAAACAGUGGGACGGCUGUGUUGAGGGAAAUUACCUCCCAGAACCACUGGCAUGUUGCCAGCACGAAGACAUUCAUCUGUUUUGUACAGAGUCUGACUCAUGGGCAAGGAGGGAGGGGAAAAGAGAGAGAGAGAGAGAGCGAACAAGACAGGAGAGAGGGCGAGCUGAUCACAGGCUGAGAACAAGAGGCAGCGAGUGGGAAUUGGAGAGAGGCAGAGAAGCCACAACAUCUGAAAGUUUUAAACCUGUGAUCGCGGUAGGUGAUGCAAAGCAAGACUGGGGGUUCCUCCAACAUGUGGAAGAAAAACAAAUUCCACUUCAUGGACUACUUCAGAGAGAGACAGAUUUAGUUUCUGCCAGUGAGGGAGGGCAUUUUCUGUCACGUUCUUAUUUAGGGAGGGUGGAAAUAUAAAGGUGUGAUAGGGGAGUUUAAAAAAAAAAGAUAUUCAACUAAGAAGUGUGCAAAGAAUGAAAUGCAUUGGACGUCAAGCUGCGUGGUUCUCCUAGCACAAAAUCUUAACUUUCAUCAAGAUGUAGCAGCCUGGAAAAUUUGAAUUUUUGAUACGUCAGAGUUGAAACAACCCGAAACUUGAAUGUACAGCAGACUUUACCUUCAGGAGCAGACUCGUUUGUGGACACAGUGGAUGACAACAGUGUCAACUGCCUGGGAAAGUGAGGACCCCUGCUAACAUCACACUGUGGAAAUACUAAUCGUGUUGGGAUUAUUGCCAGCAUUGGAGUUCGUAGUGUUGGACCUGUUUUUUUUUUCCUUUUUGUCCCCUCCGAACAGUGGAUCUAUCAGAUAUUACUUUUGGUUUGUAAAUUGCACAAAGGAUGAAGAAUCCUGUGCACUGACCCACCCUACCCUGUGUCCUUGUCUGUGGGACCCAGUGACCAUGCUGACCGACUGUCCAACACCAGAAAGUUUAGAGCCCCGACCCACGCUAAGGCCUGCUGUAACCCGUGCAGCACCAUGUCAACAGUCGCGGCUCCACUCCAGGCAAACAGUUCGCAGUCAGGAGAAGCAUCUGGGGUUCAGCUGAAAUGGGCUGCUCUGCUUAUUGUCAUGGUCAUCAUCCCAACUAUUGGAGGAAACAUCCUCGUCAUUCUUGCUGUGUCACUCGAAAGAAAGCUGCAGAAUGCCACCAACUACUUUCUGAUGUCGCUCGCUGUGGCUGAUCUGUUGGUGGGACUCCUAGUGAUGCCCAUUGCCCUCAUCACCGUUCUCUUCAAUUCUGAGUGGCCUCUUCCGGGGCCCCUCUGCCCCAUUUGGCUGUUCCUUGAUGUGCUCUUUUCUACCGCAUCCAUCAUGCACCUAUGUGCCAUUUCCCUGGAUCGCUACAUUGCCAUUAAGAAGCCAAUCCAACACAGCCAGUAUAAAUCUAGAGCCAAAGCAUUGUUGAAGAUUGCACUGGUGUGGCUCAUCUCCAUUUGUAUUGCAAUCCCGAUUCCAAUUAAGGGCCUUAAGGACUACCAUCCUUACAACAACAUCACCUUUAACAGUAACCACACAUGCCUGCUGAAAACGGACACCUUCCGGGAGUUUAUCAUGUUUGGCUCCUUGGUGGCAUUCUUCAUCCCUCUGACCAUCAUGUUGGUUACCUACCUACUCACUGUCCAGGUGUUGCGCAAAAAAGUUUAUUUGCUCAGGUCAAGAGUGACUCAGCGCUUUAGCUACCCAGCAGUGUCAACAGUUUUUCAAAGAGACCAGUUUGGGAAUCCACCUCAGGCUGAGCGACUGAAAAUGCAGGACACCAGGCCUCCCAGGAUGCAAGAAAAAUUAAAUGCUGGCACAACAAACUCUCCUUCAAGAGAAGAAAUAUCCUUUCGGAGAAUGUCAGCAAUGGGCAAGAGGUCAAUGCAGACUCUAAGCAAUGAGCAGCGUGCCUCAAAGGUGCUAGGCAUCGUCUUCCUCCUGUUUGUAGUGAUGUGGUGCCCUUUCUUUAUUACCAAUAUCACCUCUGUGCUAUGCACCAGCUGUGAUGAUGAUGUAAUUGGUCACCUCAUGGGGAUCUUUGUUUGGGUGGGUUAUGUGUCAUCAGGUAUCAACCCACUGGUCUAUACCCUAUUCAACCAAACUUUCAGGCAAGCGUUCACGCGUUACAUCACCUGUAACUACAACUACUGUGCCAGACGUGAGGCAGGAAGGCACCCAAGGGCAUCAAAUGCAGAUCGGACUUUUACACGGAUUUCAUUCAGAUCUUCCAUGGCAGAAAACUCUAAACUGUUCAUGAAGCGGGGAAUGAAGAAUGGGAUUGCAGUUGGCUACCAAAGUCCACUGAGGUGUCGACAAACACCUGUACAGUCACCAAGUAGUGCUGUGUUAGACACAUUGCUUCUGAAUGAAAAUGAAGAUGGUAAGCAGGAGGAACAUGUUAGCUGUUUAUAGAAAUACCAGAAAACAGAGUCCAAAUAAAAUGAAGCACUUGAAGUGGAAAUGGAGCAACAACUAUUCAAAAUGCAACCAUUCAUGAUCAGAAGAUCAUUACUCUCAAUCUGACUGACAAAUCUUUAAUGUUAGUACUUAUUGUACACAACAUAACAGCAAAAUCUAAGAUGUUUGAUGUUUACAGUUUACACAUCAGUUUUUUUGAAAAAAAAGAAAAAGAAGAAAAAAUUUAAUUAAUUAUGCUCAUUUCAGAAACACAGAAAAGUCUACUUUUCAUACAUAACUCAAACUCCUGUUAAAUAUGUGAAUUUAUAUGAUCAAGUAAUUAGUUAAAGGGGCUUUAGGACAGGUUAUAUAAACAAUGUGAAUUCUCAAAGCAAGACAGUUCAUAGCAUACCGGAAGAGAGUCUUUCAGAUGUCAAAAAAACUGAAGGAGGACCUGUGACAGGUCAACUACCAAAAAAGAACACAGGAGGAGGAUAUCCUCUGUGGAAGGAGGAAACUCUCUGCUAAUAUAGUAUACAAUAUAUUCCUCUGCUGACCAUUUCAAAUAUCUUAAUAUGCUGUAUCACCAUCUCAGACCACAUGCUUUAGUUCUGUUCAGACAACCACAAGUCUACCUUUCAGAUCUCUUCCACAACAGACACACAUAUGCAUUGCACUCUUGAAAUGAUACUUAUUGUAUUUUCUGGACCUCUGAAAAGCACUCUUGUAUGUUUAUUGCAGCCUCAUGUUUUGAUAUGUAAAAAGGUUUCCAAAUAAAGAUGUAUAUAAGGAAAAACAAACCCAGAUUAAAUGGAAACCUAAAUGUGUUUAAUAAAAUAUUUUCUGUGUUGCUGAACUGAAAACAACUGAACCAA